GAGCUACUCUAUACUUUCAGACUUUUGACAGAAAUUCAACUAAAGAAACCAGAGGAAACAAUUCAUGAAGAUUGAAGAUUAAUCAACAAUGGAGGAGCUAUGGAAAUUCAUCAAGGAAAUUUCAAUCUUCUUCUAUUUUCAUUCGGGAAAGGCCCUCUAUCUCCUAAAGAUCGACCAGUUUCGUUCUUGAAUUUCUUGGCCCUUGCUUGUCUACCUAUCAAGAUCAAGCAAACAAGCAAGAAUAACAAUAAUUCAUCUCUCGAGUCAUCAGAAAGACCGCCUUUGCGUUUGGCGAUCAAAGUAUUAGUUUUGGGGAUAUUGACUAUUGGUUGUGCACAUAAAGAAAGCAUCCAUCCCAAACUUCUGUUGUUUUGUUACUGUGGUUAUUUGUAUAUUGGCUUGGAAUUCACACUACUCGCCGUUGGAGUAACAACCGCAAAACUCCUAAACUUAGAAACGGAACCAGUUUUUGACGAACCUUACUUUUCAGCAUCACUGCAAGAUUUUUGGGGCCGAAGAUGGAAUUUAAUGGUAACCAAUAGUCUACGAGUAAUAGUAUAUGAACCCGUAAGGAAAUGGGGUCAACUGCCAGCUGUGACCGCGACGUUUGUUGUUUCGGGAAUUAUGCACGAGAUUAUUUUUUUACUUAAUUGGGGUGAAACCUACAUGGGAAGUCACUUUGUUUUUCAUUUUUCAUGGGUUUUGUAUUGGUUUAGAGAUUAAGGUGAAAAAGCUUGUUAAUGGAAGGUGGACGCUGCCUCUGAUGGUGUCAAGGCCAUUGACAAUUGGAUUUGUGAUACUAUCUAGUUUUUGGUUGUUCUUCCCACCACUCAUAAAGGGUGGCUUUGAUGAGAAGAUUAGUAGAGAGAUUGUUGCAUGCCUUGAUUACUUUUCCAUGCAAACAACACACUGUGAUUAACAACCUACUGUUUUUAGAUGACAUUAAUUUUCAGUAAAGAAUAAUGGAAGAAAUAUAAGUUAUUCAAUUCCGUAAGUUAUUCAAUAGAAGUAUAUGCA